AUGAAUCGGCGGCGGCGCCACUCAACUGCUGCAGGGGUGAGGGGCCCCUCUGCAGACAGCAGGGGCCCCUCUUUAGCCCAAAGACCCUUGCGAGACUUUGGGGGGCCCCCGGGGGGCCCCCCAAAGUGGCCUCCUGGGGGCCCCCCUGGGGGCCCCGGGAGCCCCCCCCUCUUAAGGUCGGGGGGCCCCCCUCAGUUUGAAAGAAGGGGCCCCCCAGGGGAGGGCUGGGGGCCCCCAAGAGAGGUCAGGGGGCCCCCAGUUUUGCUGCAUAGAGAGGCUGGGGGGCCCCCCGAGGGGCCCCCCAGGCGGCUGUACCCUAUUCUGAGGGGCCCCCCAACCCACGGGGAAGGGGGGGCCCUCUGGAGGCCUCCAGCGAAGAGGGGCCCCCCUACAGAUGAGGGGGCCCCCCAGCGGCUCUGUGCUGCAGCAGCUGCAGCAGCAGCAGCAGAGGAGCAGCAGCAGCAGCAGCAGCAGCACAGGAGGCGGGUCAUUCUACAGGAGGCCCCAAGAGCUGCAGCAAGAAGCUCCCAUAGUUGUGCUGCUGCACCUCGCGGAGAGGCAGAAGCAGCAGCAGCAGCAGCAGCAAGAAGUGCUGUAGCAGCAACAGGGGACGCAGCUGCUGCAGCUGCUGCAGCAAAGAACAAAGCUGCAGCGCACAGAGAAGCAGCAGCAGCGCAGCAAACUCGACAAGCCAAAAGGGAAACAGCAGCAGCAGAAGCAGCAGAUGCUGCAGCUGGCAGCAAAAGGAGGGAAGUGUCCCGAAGAGUUGUUGCAGCAGCAGAAUAUGCGGCAAUAACAGCAGCAGCAGCAGCAGCACCAGGUGAAGCAGCAGCAACAGCAGCAAAGCGAGCCGCAGCAGCAGCAGCCACUAAGUCCGAAGUAGCAGCAGAAGGAAAAGGAUCAACGGAGAUUAGUAGAAAUACAGGGGCCCCGAAAACAGCAGCACCAGCAGCAGACGUGCCUGCUGCUGCUGCUGCUGCUGCUGCUGCUGACACUAAAUCAAGCCCAGCAGCAGCAGCCGCUGCAGCAGCAACGCCAGAACCAGCGUCAAAUGAAGCAGCAGCAGCAGCAGCAGCAGCAGAUAAGUUAGCAGAAGGAGCUGCAGCAACGGACAAUCGCGCUACGGCGACAAAAGGGGCUGCUGAUAGACCAGCAGCAGCAGCAGCAGGCAGAGCAGCAGCAGUGGCAGACAGAGCAGCAGCAGCAGCGGGAAGCCCUGCUGCAGCAAGCAGCAUAGCAGCAGCAGAAGCUCCGCCGUUGACAGCAAGGCGAACUGUUGUGCUGGCCUCUAGGGCUCAAGCAGCAGCAGCAGCACGUGCAGCAGCAGCAGGUGCAGCAGCAGCAGCAAUAGCACCAGCAGCAGCACGUGAGAAGCAGAGCGGAUCCCAUGCAUCAACAACGGAAUCACCUGCUGCUGCUGCUGCUAGUACCGCUGCUGCUGCUGACUGUGCCACACCACGUGCAGCGGCAACAGCUCUAACAGAAGCAGCAGCAGCAGCAGCAGCAGAGACCUCACCAGCUGCAGCAAAAGCAGCACGAGGAGGAGCAGCAGCAGAAGCAGAAACCCCCGUUGCGCCGGGUCCUGCAGCAGCAGCAACAAAGACACCAGCUGCAGCCACACCAUCUCCAGCUCCAGCAGCAGCAGCAGCAGCAGCAGCAGCAGCAGAAGCAACUGCACAAAAGCCUGCUGCAGUUCGCCGCAGGAGAUGUGACUGGAGCGAUGCAGCAGCAACAGCAGCAGCAACACAAGAAGCAGCAGCACCUGCAGCACGAGCAGCACCGAUGCGAGAAGCUGCAGCACCGGCAGCAGCAGCAGCAGCAGCAGAAUCCCCAGUAGCAAUGGCCGCAGCAAAGCCAGCAGCAGCUGCUGCA